AUUAAUUAUUUGGAAUUUAAAUGUUGUAAGUGACUUGUCAAGUGGUUUUCAACGAAUUUGCAAAAAAUCGUCGGUUUUCCAAAGGCGAUCGAUUAGCCUCCAGGGAAGAGGUUCACAUUAAAGUCGUGCAAAUAAACGCCAAGAUGAUGGUGGUACCGGACGAGCCGCCGAAAGCGAAGGGGCGGCAUCGCGUGGACGUAGAAAACGAGAUCAUCCGGAGGCGGGAAAGGGAGUCCAGGCGUCACCAGACGUGGAGUACCGCGGAGCGGUACUUCAAGCACUUUGACAAGGUCAACACCAAGUACGACGCGUGGACGUCCCCCAGGUAUUACGAGGACAACAAUAAGAUGCUCGCGACUAUCGAGUCGAAACGAGCCAAAGAGGAGGCGCUUGCUCGUAGGAGGGACAAGUUGAGGAAGUUAUUGGAGGAAGAGCAGAGCUCGUACGAAAUCGAGGCGAUGGUCAAGAAGAACCUCAGCUUGACGCGACCGACGAAACGGGACGAAGUACCCGUCGAAAUCCUAAAGGACGUGACGUCGGAAACGAGACGACGGGAGGAGGAGAGGAGGAGGAAAGAGGCGGAGCUGAAACUGUACCAUCAGUGGCGCAUCAAUAACCCCAUCGUCAGACAGUACGAGAGCAAGUAUCGAUUCAAAGACCUGAAGCUCUCGUGGCUCGACCAGCAGAUCGAGAAGAGAAUGCAGGACGAGAAUGAGGCGAGGGAGAACGAGAAAUCGAUCAGGGAGCAGGAGGAGCGACUCGCCAGGGCUAAGGAAGUCGAGCAAGAACUGCGCGAAGAAAUAGAGCAUAAAAAGUUGAGCUUAAAGAAGGAUUUAGAGGCUCAAAUGCGCGAGCUUGAAGACAGACAAAAGGUCAGCGAGGAACUAAGGCAAAGGGAGGAGCGCGACAUGAAACGUAAACUGGAUCUGGAAGAAUUGGAGGCGAAGCAGCGGGAGGAGCACAAACGCAGAUUGGAUAGAGAGUGCGUCUUAUACAACGUGAAGCAAUACAAGAGCAGGUUAAAGUUAAAAGCGGAAGAAGUUAGAGAAAACUUGGUCAAAGAUAGGGAGUUUAGCGCGAAGCUCCAGGAGCUCGAGCUCCAAGAGCUCGUGCGAAACGAUAUCGAGCGUAAAAAGAUCAAAGACGAAAUCGCGCGCUUCUUGAAGUUAGUAAAGGAACAGCAGGAGCUAGAGAAGCAACGCCAAAAGCACAUGGAGUUUAUAUUCGAUUCGGAAGCGAAGGCGAUCUACGAGAAACAGUCGGAGGCGUGGCGACUGGAGGAGGCGUGCAGGAAGAAGUUGCUCGAUGAGGUUUUGGAUACCGUUAAGCGGCAAGUGAAGGAAAAUCUGGAAAAAGAUCGGGAGAGGCAGCGUCAGGUUUUGAGGGAACGCGAGGAAAUGUUGACUAAGGUGGAGGAGUACGACAGAGAACUAGAGGCGUUGAAGGAGGAGGAGAAAAAACGGAAGCUGGCGAGAAAGCAAGUGCUGGACGAAGGUGCAAAGCUGAAGAAGGAGAUGAAGAAGCGGGAGGAAAACGCACGGCUAAAGGAGAUCGACGAGGAGCUCGAGAGAGUGAGGAAGGAGGAGGAGAGGUUACGGAAGGAAAUAUUGGAGAUCCAAAGGAGACACGGACCGUCGAGACCGAGUGGUCGCGCGAGGCCGUUUUAUUAAGUAAUUUUUGAGGUGUUAAAGCUACAGUGAGGUUAUUAUUUGUUCGGAAUUAAUUAUAAUAAUUGUAACAUAUUUUGUAAUAAAAACAUUGAUUUAAGUAUUUAUGAGGGAAUACGUUAGUUCUGAAAUUUUGACCAUCUGAAGUCCGGAUUGAAAAACUGAAUGAAAAGGCUUUAACUCAUUUUAGAUUUGUAUUGAGUUUUUAUUUGGUUUGAAAACUCCUCUUGAGUCUUGAGUCAGUUGGUCGUUUCAAUGGAUUCUAGUUCUUGACUUGAUAAAAAUGGUUAUCAAGAGUUACAGAGUAAAGAAGAAAAAGUUUUCCUGGGACGAGGUCUAUUUUUAAAAUUACUGGUAAGUUUUUAAAAACCAACUGCUGUACCCAAGCCAAAUUGUUUAAUUUCAUAGUUCCCGCUCAUAACCUCAAAUAUCGCUAGUUAUUUCAAUAGCGCUGGUCAACUAUCACAGGAAAUAAAACUAUAAAUAUAAAUUUACAAUUAAGAAUUCGAAUGUUUCGAUUGUGUGAUUGCUAUAUGGAGCAGAAGCUUGGACACUCAAACACACAAAAAGUUAGAAACACGAAUUAGAAACAAGGUCACUGGUAACAUGGUUAAUGAAAGCUACAAACUGCAAAGCACAAAGAAUCGAGCCCUUUCAAAACCACAGCACUCAACAUACAUUAUUUGAAGGAAAACGAUUCGUUUGACAAAA